UGCAGUUCUACCACUGCUGGUUCUACCGCUGCUGGUUCCACAGGUUCUACCGCUGCUGGUUCUACAGGUUCUACUGCUGCUGGUUCCACAGGUUCUACCUUGCUAGUUCUACAGUUUCUACCGCUGCUAGUUCUAUAGGUUCUACUACUGCUUGUUCCACUGCUCCUGGUUCUACAGGUUCUACCGCUGCUAGUUCCAUAGGUUUUACUGCUGCUUGUUCUACUGCUCCUGGUUCCACAGGUUCUAUUGUUGCUGGUUCUACAGGUUCUACUGCUGCUGGUUCUACAGGUUCUACCGCUGCUGGUUCUACAGGAGGCGUUACUCGGUCACAUUUUCUCAUCAUGGCCGACUGGACCGACUGUCUGAACUUUGGCAUCUCCAUCGCUAAACAGGCUAGUGAGGUGGUUCUGUCAGCGUUUCAGCAGCACAAAGAGGUGAAGCUGAAAAGUUCUCCUGCGGAUCUGGUGACAGAAACGGAUCAGAGAGUCGAGAAGAUCCUCAUCUCCGCCAUCAGGAACCGCUACCCUCAGCACAGGUUCCACUCUGUUCUACCACGUUCCACUGUAGGAACCCUCAGCACAGGUUCUACCACGUUCCACUGUAGGAACCCUCAGCACAGGCUUCACUCUGUUCUACCACGUUCCACUGUAGGAACUCUCAGCACAGGCUCUACUCUGUUCUACCACGUUCUACUGUUGGAACCCUCAGCACAGGCUCCACUCUGUUCUACCAUGUUCUACUGUUGGAACCCUCAGCACAGGUUCAUCGGGGAGGAGUCUGUGGCUGCAGGUGAACAUCUGGAGCUGACUGACAGUCCCACCUGGAUCAUCGACCCCAUCGAUGGCACGGUGAAUUUUGUCCACAGGUUUCCAUUUGUGGCCAUUUCCAUCGCCUUCACUGUCAACAGACAGACCCAGUUUGGGAUCGUGUACAGCUGUGUGGAGGACAAACUGUUCUACGCUCAGAGAGGAGGAGGAGCGUUCCUCAACGGAGAACCGCUGCACGCCUCCGGACAGCAAGACAUCAGCAGGUGUGUGGUGGUGACGGAGAUUGGGGCUGAGCGUGAUGAUGUCGCUCUGUCCACCAUGACCUCCAACAUCCGCAGACUGCUCCAGCUCCCUGUGCACGGCGUGCGUGCUUUGGGGACAGCAGCAGUUGACAUGUGUCAGGUGGCCACAGGUGGAGCUGACGCCUACUACCACAUCGGGAUGCACUGCUGGGACAUCGCUGCCUCCGCCAUUAUUGUGCAGGAAGCUGGAGGCGUUGUCAUGGACACGGACGGCUCGGAGUUUGACAUGAUGUCGAGGAGAGUCAUCGCCGCCAGCUCCGCCGCUGUGGCUGAUCGCAUCGCUCAGGUGAUCCAGGCCUUCCCCUGUUGUCGUGACGACGAGGACAACUGCGGGUGUGGAGCGACAGGUGUAAACUGACUGCAGGUCACCUGACAGGAAAUGUGAUAAAAACUAAUCAAGCCUGUAAACUGAUGUGAUGUUUUUGUGAUUUCUUGGCAUGGCUCACGCUGGGGGGAAACAUCAGGUUUCAUAUUUCAGGCGUGUAGACAAUAAUGGAAUAAAGGCUGGAAUGUUUAAACAUGCAGCUCCUGAACAGGUGACACUCAGGUGAGUCUAUGAGGCUCGCUGGGCUUUAUUUAGGUGCAGUGUUCAGUUCUCUGGAGAACAACUCAGUUUGUUUGUAGAUUAAACUCUGUUUAUUUAGGUCCUCUCAGCCGGGUUCGAAUAAAUAAUAAAUACAUAAUAAAUAAAUCCGCAAUAAGAUAAAGAGAUUUUAUUAUCAUCGUGCAGAAGUAAAGAAAUUUGUCUUGAAGACCAUGACAAUUAGUAGCAGUGCAAAUAAGAAUAAAAAUAGGUAAAAAUACUCUUAAAAAAAUUAAAAGAAUCAAAGUACUAUAUACAGGUAAAGUGGUCCGUGUUGAUAAAGGGGUCGAGUGUUGAAGGAAUAAAAUAGAGUUCUUAUUGCACAGAUGAACCAGGAGGGGGGGAAUGUCUGGA